CAGCCCAAACUUUUUUAAAGACUUCUUCUCUCUUCUCUCCUCGAGCUUCAAUAUCGCGCACGCGUGGCCGAGCAGCUCGAGCUCCAACAACCCCAAAAAAACGCCUCGAGAGCAGAACGGGACGCUUUUCACUUUCCUCGCCCCCCUCCCGCACCACCGCUCUGAUCCCUCGCGCGCGCGGCUUCUCCGUGGAUCCUGUCUUCACUCAGGUCCGCUCAGGGCAGAUGGCCACUAGUUAGAGCUCAUCGCGCGCGAUCUGAAAGUUUCUGCUGCUCCGGACUCGCGUGGACUACUUUACUUUUACACGCACACGCCUGACUGCCAGCGCGCGCGCGCGCCCGCUCCCGUGCUCCUCCGCUUUAACCUCGCGCUCUCGGACUUCCCUCCACCGGACCGUACCCGGAUCCUACCUACCGGACCGGACUCUACAGUACCGGCUGACUGCUCGCGGAGCGCCGCAUGGCUCCUCUCGGGUGGGUGGGGGUCUCGUGGCUCUGGCUGGCUGUGCUCGGGUGGUCGGCGCUGGCCGCGGACCGGGGCGGCGUCAGGACCCUCUACGUGCUGCAGCCGGGACGGGGUAGCUCAGAUGCGGUGCGUGUGAGCUCCAUUUCCUCCCAUACGGGCGCCGACGGUCAGCCGCACUCCUACAACGUGGAGCUUACGGCCAGCUAUGGGGGCCAAGUGCGAACGCGCAGGAUGGGCAGCCGGGAGCCGCACACAGGCCAACAGAUGGUCAAAACUUCUGGUGUGAACGUCUGUGGAGGGCAGUGCUGUAUUGGAUGGAGCAAGGCCCCUGGAUCACAGCGCUGCACAAAGCCCAACUGUUCACCAAAGUGCCAGAAUGGCGGCAUGUGCCUCCGUCCGCAGAUGUGUGUAUGCAAGCCUGGCUCUAAGGGCAAGUCCUGUGAGCAGACCACCCUGCCCCCUUUCUCUCACCCGAGCAACCCUGGAAAUGGCCACACCAACGGUCACACCACUGGACACACCAACGGUCACGCCGGUGGACAUCCCAACGUGCAUAACGUGGUGCCCCAGCGGCCGAUCCCACAGCAGGUCCUUCCACACGGCUCAGUUCAGGGCCCCCUGCCACUGCCCGGCAGCAACAUGCCGCACAUGACCCUGACCAUGAAGGCCUCUCCCAAUGGAGGACCCAUCCCCUUCCAGCAACAUGUACAACCUCCUGUAUCCAUGACCAUGCACCAAAGCAAGAGCCAAAAGUUUGUGAUUAAGCCAAAGUAUUACCACACACACACACAGGUGCAUGGAGUUGGACAGACGCCUGAACGUAGCAUUCCGCUGACCGUUGGACACCAUCCUCUUACAGCAGGUAACCACACCGGCCGGAUCAAGGUGGUCUUCACGCCCACUAUCUGCAAGGUGACCUGCAUGAGCGGCCGCUGCCAGAAUACCUGCGAGAAGGGCAACACCACCACCAUCAUCAGCGAGAAUGGACGCGCUACAGACACGCUCACCGCCCCCAACUUCAGAGUAGUGGUCUGUCACCUGCCCUGUAUGAAUGGAGGGAAGUGUAGUACGAGGGAUAAGUGCCAGUGCCCGCCCAACUUUACUGGAAAGUUCUGUCAGAUGCCAGCCCAGAACGGUCACCGGGGGCAACAGAUGGUGGUGAAUGGCCAGGGUGCUCAGGUCCACUCCACCCACACACUCCCGAUGACCUACAGCUCCGGCCAGAACCAGGGUGUGGUAAACAUCCAUGUGAAGCAUCCUCCCGAAGCAUCAGUGCAGAUCCACCAGGUUUCCCAGGUGGACAGCAGCAGCAAUGGGCAUUCGAAGAUGUCACAGUCCGGACACUCCUACAGCUACCACAUGUCCGAAAGCAGUAGCUCCAGCAGCAGCAGCAGCAGCAGCCAGAAGAUCCAGCACCACAGCCACAGUGUCAUCUACCCCAACCAGCAAGCCUUCCUGCAGUACCAGCCUGUUACCUCCAAGAGCCAGCUCGGACGCUGCUUCCAGGAGACCACCGGAACACAGUGUGGGAAAGCCCUUCCCGGCCUCUCAAAACAGGAGGACUGCUGCGGAACCAUCGGCACAUCCUGGGGAUUCCACAAGUGCCAGAAAUGUCCCAGAAAAACACCCAUUCCUCAGCUGGAGUGUCCUCAAGGCUACAAGAGGUUCAACGGGACACGCUGCAUUGAUAUCAAUGAGUGUCAGCUGCAGGGAGUGUGUCCCAAUGGGAACUGCAUCAACACCAUGGGCAGCUACAGGUGCCUGUGCAAAGCUGGAUUCAUACCAGACGCCACACUGACCACCUGCUACCCUGAGGCUCUUCCGGUGCGCGAGGAGAGGGGCGCUUGUUUCCGUCUGGUUGGUCCGGGUGCUCAGUGUUUGCACCCAGUCUCCACUCAGCUGAGUAAGCAGCUGUGCUGUUGCAGCGUGGGGAAAGCCUGGGGUCCGCACUGCGACCGCUGCCCCCUGCCUGGGACAGCUGCAUUUAAGGAGAUAUGUCCCGGCGGCAUGGGCUACCAUGUCACCACUCCAUACGUCUACAAGCCCAAACCUCCCCCAUCCAACCCCCGCAACCACCCGGACAACCACGGGCAGACCAAGCCCACCAUCAGGCAUCAGGAACCCGUGCCCGGGGUCCUGCCUCUGCCCUUCCCCACCCUACAGCAGCCAGUGGAGGCUUUCAGCUUCACAGAGAGACAACUUCCCAUUGUACCAGUGGCCACAGCAUCUCCAGAGCAGGAGCUUUCUUCCUCUGCUGGUAUUGAUAGGUCUAUAGUAGAGCAGCAUCAGCUCUCUCCUGGUGUCUCCACCAUACCCAUGGAGCCUGCAUACCCAGAGGUAGUAGAGAAAACCUCUCCGGCUGCUCCAGUAGCCAUCUUGCCAUCCAGUGCCAGCCAGGAUAUCUCCCCUACUCAACUGGCAGAGGUGGACGAGUGUAUUGUUAGUCCCCAGAUUUGUGGUCCAGGCUUCUGCUACAAUACAGCGGAGAGUUACCGCUGCAUCUGUAAUGAAGGCUACAGGUUAGACGACGAAGGCAACACUUGCAUAGACAUUGAUGAGUGUGCGGACAGUCCGGAUCUAUGCUCUAAUGGCCGCUGUAAGAACACCCCCGGGAGCUUCCUGUGCGCGUGUCACCUUGGCUUCAUUCCGGAUGAGGAGGGCACCAGCUGCAUUGAUAUGAAUGAAUGCGAGGUUCCUCGUAUGUGCCCUGAGAACAGUCUGUGUGUGAACACACUGGGAUCCUACAACUGUCGGCUCUGUGACAGCGGCUACAGACUGGGCCUGAGUGGACAGUGUGAAGACGUGGACGAGUGUCAGGAUGGACGAGUGUGUCCGUCCGGUCUCUGCUAUAACACUCUGGGUUCCUUCAUGUGCAGCCCCUGUCCUGAGGGGUUCCAGGGCAGGGAUGGUCAGUGUGUGGAUAUUGACGAGUGUCUAGACAGACUGGCCUGUGCCCACGGUCAGUGCUCCAACCACGAGGGCUACUUCAGCUGCACGUGCGACGAGGGAUUUGUUCCAGCUUCUGAUGGCAAGGCCUGCAUAGAUAUCGAUGAGUGCCAGGACGAAAGCAUGUGCACAAGGGGUCACUGUCAGAACACAGAGGGCUCAUUCAUCUGCAGCUGCGAGACUGGGUUCAGGCUGGCUUCAUCAGGAGAACAAUGCGACGAUGUGGAUGAAUGCCAGGAGUUGACAGGGCUGUGUGAUGGCGUGGGGCAGUGUGUUAAUAACAUGGGCUCAUACUACUGCAACUGCCCACCGGGGUACAGACAAGUCAAUGGCACCAGCUGCCAAGAUGUGGAUGAGUGUGUGGAGGAAGCUCAUCUGCAGCUGCAUGACGGAAAGUGUGUGAACACAGAGGGAUCCUUUCUCUUCAUCUGUGAGCCUGGAUACAUGUUGACGCAAGACCCUCCCGGCUGUGAGGAUGUGGAUGAAUGCAUGGACGGCAGUAAAUGUUUGAAUGGCACUUGCUUAAAUACAGAUGGCUCGUUUCAGUGCCAGUGUGACGGGGGUUAUCGGCUGGAGCUGGCCAGUCACACCUGCCGGGAUAUCGAUGAAUGUGCUGAGUAUGGACAGAGCAUUUGUGGGGCGUGGCAGUGCGAGAACACACCAGGGUCCUACAGGUGUGUGGUGCCCUGCCCGGCAGGCCACACCCGAAAUACACACGGAGCGUGUGUGGACGUGGACGAGUGCGCUCUGAACAGGAGUGUGUGCCGAGGGCAUGGAGUGUGUCAGAACACCGUUGGCUCCUUCAUGUGCCAGUGUGAUCCAGGCUACCAGGACAGUGAUGGCCAGGGCUGUGUGGAUCUGAACGAAUGUGAUCUCCUGAGCGAUGUUUGUGGAGAGGCAGUGUGUGAGAACGUGCCCGGUUCUUUCCUUUGUGUGUGUCCUGACGAGGGUCUUGAGUUUAACCGGAUGACGGCCAAGUGCUUACCUACACCUAAAGCCUCGUCAGUCGAGAGGAAAGAGUGCUACUACAACCUGAACGAUGAGAACUUGUGUGACAAUGUUCUGACCAGCAGCGUGACCAUCGAGGAGUGCUGCUGCACGCUGGGGGCCGGCUGGGGGGAUAACUGCGAGGUGUUCCCCUGUCCUGUGCAGGGAACAGAUCAGUUUGCUCAGAUGUGUCCAGCUGGUCAGGGCAGCGUUCCAACCGGGAACGCUGUGUUUGGAGUUUCCUCGGCUGACGGCUACAAAGAUGCCGAUGAGUGUUUUCUCUUUGGGAUGGAGAUUUGUAAAGACGGCUUCUGUCUGAACACGGACGGAGGAUACGAGUGCUACUGCAAGGCUGGAUUCUACUACCACGAGACCAAACUUCAGUGUAUAGACACAGAUGAGUGUGCAGACGAGUCCAACUGUGUGGAUGGGCAGUGCCUGAAUAACCAUGGCUCAUACCAGUGCUUUUGCAGUCCUCCUAUGGUGCUAGCUCCCGACAACAAGCGCUGUGUUUUCCCCGAUGUUGCAGAGAAAACAGGGCACACAGAGCAGUCUGUGUACCAGAGUGUUUGCUGGGAGUUUCUGACUGAGACGAAGGUCUGCUCUCAUCCAUUAAGUAACCAGAUGACCACGUACACUGAGUGCUGCUGUCUGUACGGAGAGGCCUGGGGCAUGGACUGUGCUCUCUGCCCGCAAAGAAACACAGAGGAGUAUAACUCCAUGUGUAACCUGCGGGGCUCUGUAUCCAGCAGACGGCCGUAUGGUCGUGAUGCUCUGGUUGCUUCUCCAGUUCAUGAGUAUGAGGUACGAGAGUAUGAGCAGCGACGUGUAGACCCUAACCCCGCCUUCUACGAGGAAUAUGACAGCCCUAACACAGGUCAGUAUGAUUCGUUCGAGGGCUUGCGGGCCGAGGAGUGUGGGGUGUUGAACGGCUGUGAGAAUGGACGCUGUGUGAGGGUGCAGGAGGGCUACACAUGCGACUGCUUCGAUGGAUACACACUCGACAUGUCUCGAAUGGCCUGCGUCGACGUGAACGAGUGCUCGGAGCUCAACAAGCGGAUGUCCCUCUGCAAAAACGGCAAGUGCAUCAACACGCCCGGCUCCUACCGGUGCCAGUGUCUGCCAGGCUUCACGCAGUCCGACCGGCCCAACUACUGCGUCCCCAGCCAGGAGAGCUCGCCCAGCUCAGCCCGCACCGCCACCGAGUGACCAGCAGGGGGCGCCACUACAAAACACUACAAACACUCUUAUUUAAUCUAAGCCCAUAUACUCUGCACUGUAUGAAUACCAGAAAACACACACAAACACGAAACAAACAAAAAACUACAAAAAGCAAAACAACUGCAAGAGAAAUUGUCCUACUUGAUAUGAAGAUAAAUUUAACAUUGCUAUUGUUUUAUGGUGCAACGGCAAGAGAAAAUAGAACUGUAUAAAAAUUGUAUGUUUUUAUUGUCUGUCUGUUGUUUGUCAUUGUUUUUUUUGUUUUUUUUAGAAGGAGUUUUUUUAUGUGCCGAGAGAACUUUAGGCACAGACACGACAAACCCUAUGAACUGAGCACUGGGGGAUAAUCUGCUUUAUUUACCAGGGCCGAGAUUCCACAACGAUGGACUUUUGUUUUUUAUUACAAAGAGGGUGCCCAAGCCUUUUCUUGCCUUCCUCUUUUUCUAUCUUUCUCUCUCCCUCUUGACUCUUUUGUUUUUUGCUCACUUACUCUCAGUUUCUUGUCUCGCUCUGCCUUCCUUUAGUACAGUGCUAAUAAGACACAUAUAUACGCACAUAUAUGCAGCUCUGUAAAAAAAAAAUUAAAGACCACUUUAAAAUGAUGAUUUUUUUUAUUUUACUGAAUUGAAAACCUCUGGAAUAUAAUUAAGAGGAAGAUGGAUGAUCACAAACCAUUAAACCAAGCUGAACUUCUUGAUUUUUUGCACCAUGAGUGGUGUAAAUUUACCCAAAAGCAGUGUGUAAGACUGGUGGAGGAGAACAUGCCAAGAUGCAUGAAAACCGUGAUUAAAAAACAGGAUUAUUCCACCAAAUAUUGAUUUCUUAACUCUUAAAACUUUAUGAAUAUGAACUUGUUUUCUUUGCAUUAUUUGAGGUCUGAAAGCUCUGCAUCUUUUUGUUUGUUUUUUCAUCCAUUUCUAAUUUUCUGCAAAUAAAUGCUAUAAAUGCUCUAAAUGACCAUAUUUUUAUUUGGAAUUUGAAAUAAAUGUUGUCCGUAGUUUAUAGAAUAAAACAACACUGUUCAUUUUACUCAAACAUAUACCUAUAAAUAGCAAAAUCAGAGAAACUGAAGUGGUCUGUUAAUUUUUUUUCCAGUGCUGUAUAUUGACUAUAUUGCCAAAAGUAUUUGCUCACUCCUAACGCUUCCAUGACCACAGGUGUAUAAAUCCAGUUGCCUAGGCCUGCAGACUGCUUUUACAAACAUGUUGAUAGUGAAAGAAUGGGUCUCUCUUAGAACUAGUGAACUCCAGUACUGUGGUAACCUGAUAGGAUCACUACCAUAUAUUUUAAAGCCAACUGUCAGUGAUAUUGUAACACAGUGGAAACGACCGGGAAUGACAGCAGGGUCAGCGGAUGCUGAGGAGCAUCACAGUGCACAGAGGAACCAGCUUCCUGCAGAGUCACAGAAUCACUACACACCUCCAAACUUCAUGUAGCUUUAGAUCAGCUCAGUACAGUACAGUAGAACAGUAGAGUAUAGAGAUCUUUAUGAAAUGGACAUUUUUCAUAGAAGAGCAGCUCAAAUCCAUCCAAGCCUCACAUCCCCAAACACAGCAGUGCAGGUGAGCACAGGAUACUUUUGAUAAUAUAUACAACAGUGUAUACACAACAUCUACAAUGAUCAAAAAUACCAAAAACCGGCAGCACUUGUUGACUGGAGAUUUACAGAUUUAUUAGAAUUACAAAAAUAAAUAACCACACCUUCAAUAAGAUAAGAUAAGAUAAGAUAAGAUAGCACUUUAAUGAUCUUGAAGGAAAUUACAGUGUCACAGUACUGUACAUACAACACACAUGAUCAAAUCAAUUAAGAAAAUGAUCUAUUAGCUAUUAUCACACAAAAGAAAAAUAAAUAAAUAAAUAAGCAUGGCUAAUAAAGGUUUUUUAGGUGUAUUCAGAGGCAGCAUAUGUAUUAUUGCAGUUGGAAAAUAAAUAAAUGUUAUUAUUAGGAGUAACAGUAACAUGGGAGUGAAAUUCUGUGAAGUUCUGCUGCUUUUUACUAUUUUCUAUUUUUGAUCACUGAAUUUGUUGCCAGGCACCUCAUUGUGCAGUGAACACAGAAACAGAAACAGUCUCUUUAACAUCUUUGAGCAUGAAAGAAAGAAAUUACAUAAUGGAAAUAAGCUUUGUUUUUUUUCUGUUGGAUUUUUUUUAUUAUUACUAGAUUUUUGUAUGAAUGAUAAAAAGCAAGCUAUUUCUCUGUGUCUGGGACAUCGGACAAUAACGACGUUAUGGUAGUUCUCUUUUCCUCUGCCCUGUGGAACAGGCGUACUUCCAUGUUUAUCAGCUCCGGGAGCAAGACUAGCUGAUCCGGAAUCAGCUGGCCUAUUGGAAAUGUUUGGUUUUUUUUCGUUCAGGAGCAAACGAUUGUUAAAAGCUGAUCCUGGAUCAGAUAUCCUGCUCUGCUGAGUUUGAUGAAUUGUAGUCUGUAGUCUUUACACCUUUACACUCUUUCUACUUUGCUAAAGCAACUAUAUCCUUUCUAUUCCGCCAAGAGCAAAAAAAUAAUAAAAAAAAAUAAAAAAAAGAGAAAGCAACAUUAGGAGUAUAUGGGAGGUAAUACUUUGUUUUACAGUUCUUUAAGUUCUAGGUAUCAAUCAGGUCAGUGUAUGGGUACAGGUUUAGUUCCCAUUGAUUUUUUUGUAUUUAAUAUAUCAUUUGAACAGACAAACUAUGCCUUACACUGUGCCAAAAUUUCUUGAUAAACAGACCAAUAGAAAUACUUGAAAAUGACCUGGGAAAAAAAACCUUUUACAUUAACUUCCAUUGAAAGUUUAAAAGCUUUUUUUUCUCUCUCCUUUUAAAGUUGCCGUUUUGGAGAUGCUUGUUUUUCAUUGGACAGUUACGAUAUACAAUGGUGGCAAAACAGUGGUAGCUUUAUUUUAUAUAUAUAGCAAAUUUUAUACAUGCCACGCAGAAGUUUUUUCCAGCAUGCCAUGCUGCUCUGAACUCACAGUCUGCAACUGGUCUAGAUAUUAAACCUGCUAGAUAUUUGCUGGGUGUCUGUGACUCAUCUGCGAUCCCUAAAUAUGUGUGAACCAGGCAUCAGCUAGUCUCUGAGCUUAUCAUCAUGAUCCUCUGAAUAAUGAUUUAAAACUAAAGGAAUUCGUACCUCAUAUUUACCUGAUUAAAUCCUAGAACGUUGCGGGACUGCAAAAGAAAGCAUCACCAAUAAAUGAAGUGCCUUUAUCUGUUCUUUCUUUAUUUCCACAUCCAAAAACAAAUCACUGCGUUCGACCAUGAUGGCGAAAAAAGUCUUGCCAGGUUGCAAAGCUGCUGCUAUGAAACAGCCGUGGGAUUUAUUUUUCUUUCUAUUAUUUUUUUUGUACAUUUAAACUAAAGAGUUUGAUAAACAGUUUAUGUAUUUGUAAUUUGUACAUGAAUAAAUAGCUCUUGUAUGAUUAUCCAUAUAAUGUAUAUUAAAACUCUUUUAAUAAAUCACAAACUGUGAUAUUUA